UCAACAAACAGCUGUCUGCGCAACGCCCACCUCUCAUCAUGUAGGUUGACAAUUUUGUCGUUCUUGAGCCAUUCCAGUUGAGAUUAUCUUGACAACCAAUUCACUGCUCUGCCAACAGUUUCUCUAAGCAUCAUUCAUGGCAUUCUCAUGCACAACAUGAAUCAUUGAGGGAUUAAUGUGGCUUGGGACCCCAUCUGCACCUGUAUUUGGUCCUCCACCCCAAGUACUCACUCCUCCACCAAAUCUUGGCCCCUCGGGAACACUUCUAAAUAAUUCCACCCAAUGAUCAUCCCCUCCUCGGCACUUCACCCAUGGCUGCUUGGGUCAUCCACCAUGUGCCAUGGUUUCUCAGGCUCCACGGAUGAGAUGGUUCUGAUGACCGGCACGCUCAGUGGCUGACCGUUGCUUUGCUCAUCUCCUUCCAUGACCAUGUUAUUUGGGUGUCGAGCAUGAAAAAGUAGCUCUGGUUUCAUCUUCCACCAUUAAAGCCUUGUGUUGAGCGUGCUUUGUUGAGAACAGUGGCAGGGAUGACGCCACCAUUUCCUCUUAGAAAACUCCCACCUUCCCUCAUGCAGUUUCAUCAUAAUGUAUUGCCACCUUGUCUCCUUCGGAAAGCUAAGCAUCCUCCUCUGGUUGUGUGCAGUGAUGGUGGACUGCUUUAGGAGUUCCUAAAGCAUUUGCAUCUCCCUUUCUUCUUCCUCCUCUUCUUUGAUCAUCACCUGCAUUUCGAGUGCAAGUGAGCAGAAGACAGAGUCGUAAGCAUGCGUCUUAAACGCUUGCUGUCUCUUGGAAUUGGUCGGAGGAGCAGAGGACAAGCGAACGCAGAGGAGAAUGCCUCCCCUGUUCGUGAGAGCCAACCUAUCCAUCAUCUGUUCGACGCGGAGCCACCUUGCAAGCCAACUUGGAGAUGCUUCUCCUACGAGGAGAUACAUCGAGCAACUGGUGGCUUUCGCCAAGAGAACCUGGUCGGGAGAGGCGGGUACGCCGAGGUGUACAGGGGAGUGCUCGAGGACGGGCAGGCGAUCGCGGUGAAGAGGCUGACGAGGGCGUCGUCGGACGAGCAGAGGACCAAGGAUUUCCUGACGGAGCUGGGCGCGGUCGGCCACGUCCGGCACCCCAACGUCUCCGCCCUCCUCGGAUGCUGCGUCGACCGCGACCUCCAUCUGAUCUUUGAGUUCUCUUCACGCGGCUCCGUCUGCUCCAACCUCUACGGUAACGUGACAUCGGAUGAAAGCUCUCCCCCCAUGGCUUGGAAGCUGCGGCACGACAUCGCCGUGGGCACUGCGAGGGGGCUCCAUUACCUGCACAAGGGAUGCCAGAGAAGGAUCAUCCACAGAGACAUCAAGGCCUCCAACAUCCUCCUCACCGCCAACUUCGAGCCUCAGAUCUCCGACUUCGGGCUCGCAAGAUGGCUUCCAACGGAGUGGACACACCGCGCCGUGGCACGGGCACCGAUAGAAGGGACGUUCGGGUGCUUGGCGCCGGAAUACUUCAUGCACGGGAUCGUUCACGAGAAGACCGAUGUGUUUGCAUUUGGCGUCUUCCUCUUGGAGAUCAUAUCAGGAAGGAAACCAGUGGAUGGAUCUCACAACAGCUUGCUCAGCUGGGCAAAACCUUAUCUACGUGAUGGCACUGUGCAAGCUUUGGUGGAUGCAAGACUAGGAGAUGAAUACGACAUUGAUCAGCUGAGGAAGCUCACAUUUGCAGCCUCCCUCUGCAUCAGAACAACCCCAACACAGCGCCCUUCCAUGACUGAGGCAUUGGACAUACUAGAAGGCAGGAAGAUAUUGCAAGAUCAGUGGAAGAUGCCAGAGGGAGAGGAGGAAGAACAAGAGUUCUGGGGCUUUGAUGAUCUGGACGACGACGACGACGACGAAUGUGAUACUGCCUCAUCAUCUUCGUCAACAGGGAGAUCGCAAUCAUAGAUUUGCUUAAGCAAUCAAUGCCAUUGACCUAACACCAUUGUAGUGAGAGAAAGUAAUGAUCAUAACUACUCACUUAUGCUGUGAUGGUUAUGUUGUCGAUCUAUCAGGUGUAGCGGGUCAAGGCAUUUGGCACAAGUCAAUAGAUUGACUGCUGGUAAUUUAGGGAGUAAAUUAGAUCGUGAUGUAACAAGCCGACAAGCGACAGGAGAUAUUAAUGCAUGAGACUUCGACCGAUGCAAGUCUUACUCCCAAAAACUCAUAUAUAUGAGAGUUCAAUUGCCUGGCUA